UUUCGCAGUCUAUACUCUGUGGCCUAAGCAGUAGGCAAUUUGAAUUUGGCGCGUCGACAGUUGCGGUCAAGCCGCGCGCGCGCUCCAAUGCCAGCGAGCAGUUGAACGGACGAAUCGAAAGUUUCUCUCGUGUUAUUUACUUUUUUGUUUGUUUUUGUGCGGUGGACGGACUCGUUUUAGUGAUAAGUAAAAAUUUGCAAAUGUAGAACUAAACAAGUGUGUAUUAAAUAAUUAAAUGCCGACGUGUAUAUAAUUGUGGGACGACGACGCCUACACCAAUGAUUGUAUGAAACAAAAUAUGUGCGUACUACUAUAGUACUCUGUACAGUUCAAAAUAUUUAUAAUGGACGGCGAGAGAAAAAUUAAUUUAAGCGAAGGUGUCCCACUUAAUUCGGCAGGUGCGGCGAACAUAUUUUUGAACACGGGUAAAAAUCCAAAAGUAAACGACGGGACUGUCAUUCAUCUGAACACAGAAAAAACAGCGGACGUCGGCGUGCAUAUAAAUACGACCUUCUCCAUAGCGUCUUCUAAGAAAAUUAAGCUCAUGUUCGUUUUAAACUUUUUACUAAGCGUUAUAUGUAUGAUAAUAAGUUGCUCGAUAGCUUUCUAUUAUUGGAAUGAGAUGAUAUCCAUGAGAAAGCAGCUCGACGUUUUGCGAGAACAAUUUCUCAUACAGAAUAUAAGAGAUGGAGUUAUACAUCCAGAUAAGACUAUACAGAGUCCAUUAGUCUCUCAUUUAAGGCCCCGUCAAAGAGGUCUGGAGGCAAGAGAGCCUCGAAUGGAAUUCAAAGAUGAGAUCUCACCGAAUGCUAGGAGGUUGUAUGUUGAAGACCUCGGAGAAGAUAUGUUACUUUUAGACUCAAGCAAAAAGAAUCCUAGUCAUGAUAAAAAUCCUACUUAUGAUUUAUCAGUCUUCCAAAAAGAGCCUCUAGUCGUUCAAUUCAAUGGUGCUAUGAGGGAGUUAAAUUUAGGAACACAAUCUCUAGUGGGCCCGUGGGUGCGAGACAUGGAGGUAUCGACCAAGAACAGCGAAACCAAAAUAGAGCUGAACACCAACUAUUUCACUAUAAAGGAGCCUGGGCUGUAUUUAGUCUACGCGCAAGUAGUCUACCUAACCCACGCACCAAACAGUUUCUUCGUAUGGGCCCGUCAGCCAGCCGGUGCACCUCGACUCUUAACCACGUGUGCAACUGGCGACGACUCCAGUUCCAGACCUUUGGAUAAGUCCCAGAUAUCCUGCUCCGUACACACAGUGGCUCGACUGUCCAAGGACGAUACAGUCAAUAUCGCCCAAAGAGAACAGAACAGAACAUUGUGGCUCCGACCGGGAUACUCGUACAUUGGUUUCGUGAAGUUAAGUUCCUAAUGACUGUGAUAGUGUAAUGACUCAAUGCAGAAGAGUGGUGAGUGACUUCGGUACUUACUUAGUGACUUUUUUGUGCCAUAUGAAGUCUUCCAAUUUAUGCGUGUGCUAUGAGAAAGAAAAUAGCUGAAAUGUUUUACACGAAAGUACAUUUUGCUACUAGUACACACUAUUGCAGUUCAAAAAUAAUAAUUUAUUUCUUAAUUCCAUACAUGUGAAUGACAUUUUUUAAUAUGUAGUUCUCGGUGUUAUUAAUCGCAAUGCACAAAGCCAAUGAAUGCAAAUCACUGCCAAUGUUUAUUUGUGAACAGUUGAAUGGUGCUUAUGUAUAAAAGAAGCGUGCCAUAUGUAAAUAGAAUGGAACAAUACAUCACAGUAGUGAGUAACCAAUACAUACCAAUUACGGUAGCAAUGUUUUCAAAACAACUUUUGUUGAACGACAUAAGAUUUUGGACAAGUU